UCGACCAUGUACUACUCAAGCUGCGACUCCUGAUCCUCUCUCUCUGAAUAAAGAUUGAGCUUUACCCAGACUGCACAUUCCUUCCUCUGUCCCAGAUCUAAUUUUUGAAGAUUUGAAGAGGGAAGUUUUAAAAUCAACAGAUGAAGGGCUUAUAACCGAAACAUUGACCCUCCUGCUCCUCGGAUGCUGCCUGACUCCCCUGUGAUUUUCCAGUGCCACAUUUUUCGACUGACUCUCCAGCAUCUCCGGUCCUCACUUUGAUGUCAAUGUCUAACAGUCACUCAGUCCACUGGGGCCAGCAAAGAUUUUCGCCGUGAUUUCUGAGAGAGGAAUCAAAGCUUUUUGGUUCCUGUCUGAGUAUGUUUUCAGCAUCAGUGGGACUGGACGAGAGACCCCACUGUUGCAGCGCACUGUGUGUGGAGCCUGAAACAGUUAUACGGCCUGGGAAGGGGAUUUCACAGCAGGGAGGGGCUCUACACGUGUUUGUGUGCAGCUGAAGCUGUGGCCAUGGAGAAACCCGAGGAAUCCCGCCCUGUGGAGAAACCGUGGAAGUGUGGGGACUGUGGGAAAGGCUUCCGUUUCCCGUCUGCCCUGGAGACUCAUCGGCGCAGUCACACCGGGGAGAGGCCAUUCCCCUGCACCGAGUGUGGGAAGGCCUUCAGAUAUUCCUCCCACCUGCUGGCCCACCAGCGGGACCACACGGGGGAAAGACCCUUCAGCUGCCCUGAGUGCGGGAAGGCCUUCGUGUUUUUCUCCGCCCUGUUGGCCCACCAGCGGGUUCACACAGGAGAGAGGCCAUUCAGCUGCCCAGAGUGCGGGAAGGCUUUUACCAACAACACCAACCUGCGGAGGCACCAGCGGAUCCACACAGGGGAAAGGCCAUUCAGCUGCCCUGAGUGUGGGAAGGCCUUCAGCGAUUCCUCCGCCCUGCUGAUCCACCAGCGGGUCCACAUGGGGCAGAGGCCCUUCAGCUGCCCCGAGUGUGGGAAGGGCUUCAGCACAUCCUCCACCCUGCUGAAGCACCAGCGGGUCCACAAUGAGGAGAGGCCGUACAUCUGCUCUCAGUGCGGGAAGGCCUUCAGCACAUCCUCCACCCUGCUGACCCACCAGCGGGUCCACACCGAGGAGAGGCCGUACAUCUGCUCUCAGUGCGGGAAGGCCUUUACCCGGUCCUCCACCCUGAUGAGCCACCAGCAUGUCCACACUGGGGAGAGGCCGUUCACCUGCUCUCAGUGCGGGAAGGGCUUCACCUACUCCUCCACCCUGUGGAGCCACCAGCGGGUCCACACGGGGGAGAGGCCCUUCAGCUGCCCUCAGUGCGGGAAGGCCUUCAGCAGAUCUUCCUCCCUGCUGAGCCACCAGCGGAUCCACACCGGGGAGAAGCCGUACAUCUGCUCUCAGUGCGGGAAGGGUUUCACCCGCCCCUCCCACCUGCGGAGCCACCAGCGAGUUCACGAAUCCCGCCCUGGGGAGGAACCGUGGAAGUGUGGGGACUGUGGGAAAGGCUUCCGUGUCCCGUCUGCCCUGGAGACUCAUCGGCGCGGUCACACCGGGGAGAGGCCAUUCCCCUGCACCGACAGCGGGAAGGCUUUCAGCACAUCCUCCCACCUGCCGGCCCACCAGCAGCACCACACAGAGGAGAUGCCCUUCAGCUGCCCAGAGUGCGGGAAGGCCUUUACCCGGUCCUCCACCCUGCUGAGGCACCAGCGUGUCCACACCGGGGAGAGGCCUUUCAGCUGCCCUGAGUGCGGGAAGGGCUUCAGCGAUUCCUCCACCCUGCUGACCCACCAGCGGGUCCACACGGGGGAGAGGCCAUUCACCUGCACUCAGUGCGGGAAGGGCUUCAGCGAUUCCUCCAACCUGCGGAGCCACCAGCGGGUCCACACGGGGGAGAGGCCCUUCAGCUGCCCUGAGUGUGGGAAAGGCUUCAGCAAUUCCUCCGCCCUGCUGACCCACCAGCAUGUCCACACCGGGGAGAGGCCGUUCACCUGCUCUCAGUGUGGGAAGGGUUUCAUCUGCUCCUCUACCCUGCGGAUCCAUCAGCGGGUCCACACAGGGGAGAGGCCCUUCAGCUGCCCCGAGUGCGGGAAGGCCUUCAGCACUUCCUCCGCCUUUCCAAUGAGAAAAGACCUAAGUCUCUCAGCCUUUCCUCAUAAGACCUUCCCUCCAGGCCAGGCAACAUCCGGUAAAUCUCCUCUGCACCUUUUCCAAUGUUUCCACAUCCUUUCUAUGAUGGGGCAACCAGAACUGUACACAAUAUUCCAAGUAUGGCUGCACCAGUGUUUUGUAUAGUUGCAGCAUGAUAUUGCGGUUCUGGAACUCAAUCCCUCUCCCAAUGAAAGCUAACACACCGUGUGCCUUCUAAACAGCACUGUACACCUGGGUUGCAACUUUCAUGGAUUUAUGCACAUGGACUCAAAGAUCCCUCCGCACAUCCACAAUACCAAGAAUCUUUCAUUGACCAACUACUCUGCCAUCCUGUUAUUCUUCCCGAAGUGCAUCAUCUCACAUUUAGCUGCAUUGAACUCCAUUUGCCACCUCUCAGCCCAAUUCUGCAGUUUAUCCAAAUCCCCCUGCAAUCUGUAACAUUCUUCCAAACUGUCCAGUUCUCCACCGACUUUAGCGUCGUCUGCAAAUUUACUAAUCCAUCCACCUGUGCCUUCAUCUAAGUCAGUUAUAAAAAUGACAAACAGCAGUGGUCCCAAAACAUCCUUGUGGAACACCACGAGUAACUUGACUCCAGACUGAGUAUUUUCUAUCAACCACCACUCGCUGCCUUCUUCCAGUUUCUCAUCCAAACUGAUGAAGGGCUCUGGCCCGAAACGUCAAAUUUCCUGUUCCUUGGAUGCUGCCUAACCUGCUGUGCUUUAACCAGCAACACAUUUUCAGCUCUAAUCCAAACUGCUAAACCACCCUCAAUUCCAUGCCUCUGUACUUUCUCCAUCAGCCUACCAUGUGAACCUUAUCAAAGGCUUUACUGAACCAAGUAUACCACGUCAACUGCUCUACCCUCAUCUGCAUGCUUGGUCACCUUCUCAAAAAACUCAAUGAGGUUUGUGAGACACGAUCUGCCCUUGACGAAACCAUG